UACUAACGGACUACUCCUCAGUAGCUUUAUAUGCCUCUUAAAUAGAACAGAAAUCUGAAAAGUAAACUUUCCCAGGAGAACAGUCUCCGUUAUCUGGGGCAGUUCUAAAUAGUGCUGGCAAAUUGCCAAGUAGCAACGCCAACCCCAAAAAAAGAAAAAGAAGAAGAAGAACUAUAUUAGUCUGUGGUAUUUUCAUUUGAAAUCGUUUGCUUAAGAAUUUUUUAUUGUGGAAUAUGUGUUUUGCAAUUUUUUUUGUUAUAAUAUUAUAAAUUCAAAAAAUGGCGGAACUUAUUAAGGAAUCGGCUAUUCUUGAUUAUAUCUACGACGAUUUGGAAGACGUUAUAUACAGUAGAGAAGAUGAGCACCACAAGGAAAAUGACUCCAACUUAAAUGAAGCAGUUCAAACAGAUGGAGUGACAAUAGACCAAUUGAGAUCAGAAAAUGAACUGCUGCGUACUCGUAUAUCAGAGCUGUAUAAAACGGCCAAGGUGGAGCUCUAUAGAAAGCAUGAUACAAUUAACGAGCUCACACGAAAAUUAGAUGAUUUAAUCCUUAAACGAAAUAUAAGAUUUAUGCCAAAUGAUGCAGGUAAAUUUAAGCGGCAGCGCAGUAGUUCACCUCAUCGUGAUUAUGAUUGCAAAAGACCUAAAUCUACAGAUACUAAUUGUUACAAUAAAGAUUAUAAGAGAAGUUGCAGCACAACAUUUCAAAGCCAACGGCCGACUCCCAGUAACAGUGAUUCCUAUUACAAUAAAUAUGGGUUUAAACCUCGUUCCAAAAGUCGAGAUGGUAAACAGAGACAGGAGACACUUAUACCAGUACCCCUACCACACUCUGGUAGAUUGCUAGAUGAUGAGAAUAAAACUUUUAAAUCUGAGAGGCAGGAUAAGUUGAAAUUAAAAAAUAAAGUCCAAGAAAUCCAAGAAUACAAGAAAAAAAUUAAGGAUGACAAACCUGUAGAAACAGAAUAUGAUACUGCAAUAUCAGCUUAUCGUUAUAGAUCAAAAAAUAUAGAAAAAAAUAAAGAUAUGCAGAAAGCUGAUGACAAAAGUAGUGUGGCGCUGCUGCAAAAUUCAGAAAUCUUUAAAAAGGUACGUGAAGAAAAGGAAGAGUUGAAAAACUGGUGUAAGUCAAUAUCCAAAUCAAGGGAGAGUGAAGAGGAGAAAGAGAAAAGAGAAAAAGCAUUAGAUUAUAAGAAUGAUGUAUCAAGAUUCAACUCUAAAGAUUUGAAUGUAAAAUGCAAAAGUUACCAUGAUAAAAAACAGACAGAAAGGCAAAGUGAAAAAAUUAGAGAUAUUCAUUCACAUUUUCUUGAACAAAAAAGUUUUAAACCCGAGGACAAAUUGUCAAGAUCUAAGGAUGAUAAGAAGUUCAAUAGGAAAUCUAGAAUUGACUCACAUAGAGACACAAUUGACAUAUGUAAGACUACAAGUAAAAAUAAAACAUCAAGAUCAAUAUCACGAGGGAGGGACAGGGAAAUUGAAUAUGAAAAAAUAGGUAAAAAAAAAGUCGAUCCUAAAAAAUCUAGAUCCAGCUCAAGUAACAGUUCCAAAAAGGAAUCAACAUUAAUUAAAAAAGAUAAGGACAAUUCACCAAAAAAGAAUAAACAGCAAAAUACAAUUACUUCUGAUACUUCAACUUUAGAGAAGCAUGAUACUCACCAGAACGAAGACAAUAAUGACCUAGAUCUCCUCAUAUUGCAAGAUUUUGAAGUGAUUGAGGAAGAUUUUGCAGAAGAAAAUGAAUAUACCAAAGAGAAAAUGUCAACCUCGAAAGCAGUAGAGAAAAGGAGGGACAAAAAAUACAAGACUAAAAGCACUGAUAAGACAGGUACAUCUUUCUGCAAAAGGAAAAGUUCAGAGUCAACAAGAUGCCACAAAGGUAGAUCUGAUUCGGCUGACAAAAGAAAAGAAAAAAAUUGCAAUGGCAAAGUUUUUGGAAAUAAACAUGAUUAUUGUGAUAACACCACUGAACUACUAAUCUCUCAAGAUUCUCAUAAAUUAAGGGAAGACUUUAAUGUGGUUAAGGAAAAUAUGGUAAAAUCACAAUCCAGAGACAAAGAGAUUAAAUAUAAAGACAGAGAUGAAAAAAGGAACAAAACUGAAUGCAACAGUGUUACAAAACCCACUGGCCCAGUACACAAUAGAAAAGAAAAAAAAUCAAAAAAACAGCAGAACAAAACAGAUUUUGAAACUCGAAAUAAAAUUGAGAGUCCGAAUGGGAAAAUAUUGCAAGAUUGCAGUAAAAUUGAGGAAGGAAUUGGUAAUGACACAACAAAUUCUGAGGACAUCAUAUCCUUAGAGCAAAAGAGAAAAACACUUUUAGAGCAGUUAGAGCUGGACGUCACUGAUGAUUCUACAUCAGUUACUAGAGUUGCUGAAAAGACAGAACGAAAAAAAAUUGUAAUUAUUUCUGAUAUACAUUUAUCAAGUGAGACGAAAAAAAUUGCCAAUGAUGAAAAGAAUCAAAUAAGCUGUGAAAAAGCCUUGGAAGCCAUAGACAAGGAAAAUGAUUUAGUAGAGCCCAGAACAAGUGAACUUAGUGGUGGACAGAGAAAUAGGAAAAUUUCUGACAGUUCUAGAUUUCAAGGGGAAUUGAAGGAUACCUUAGUAAAAGAGGAUGACAAUAAUUAUUCAGAAGAGAAAAUUUUCAAAGAUGAUCCAAUUAACUCUAGAUCUGAUUCGGAUCAAAACAAAUGUUCAGGAGUUAUAUUUCAGAAAGAUGAGAACAAAGUUUCAGACAAUGAGAUGUCAGCACAGGGCGAUAAUGAUAGAUCUAUUAAAUGUUCAAAUAUUCCAGGUGAUGAAGUAAUGAACGUCAAAAGAAAAGAAGAGGAAAAGGAAACAAUUUAUGUGAACCAGAAAAAGGAAGAUAAAGAAAUGAUUUCUGAAACACAAGUGCAAAUUCAACUCGAUGUUGGCGCAUCAAAGGAAGCUUUAUUAUGUGAAGAUUCUAAUAAAAUGCAAGAAAUUGUUAAGUAUCCAAAAAUUACUAAGAAAGCAAUGAAGUUAAAGAGAAGAAUUUCUUCUCUUCCAUUUUUAAAAAGUCCUGAAACUGACAACCAAAAUGAGAAAAAUGAAGGGAGCAAUGAGAAAGAUAUAGAGGGCAGUAGUUCAAAUGUUUCACAUAUAAACCUCGACAGUUCGGAAGAGGAUACCAUAAUUCCUCAAAAACAUGCAAAACCUAAUGACAAAAAAUGUAGAAACUAUACUUUGAACAGUAAAAGAAAAAAAGGUACAACAAACACAGAUGAGUCUCAAGGGGAUUUGCAAACUAUAAACGUGGCUCUUCAAGAACUAGGAGACAACUCAAAGAAGAUAGAAACUAUGGAUAAUUUAAUAGAUACUAAUGGUGCUCAGCAAGACCCUGAAAAGCAAAUUUGGAAUGUAGAGAUGGAUGAAAUUGAUAGUACAAAAACAUCCGAAGGGGUGGUACAAACCAAUGUGGAUAUCACUAAAGAGAUCGGCGAGAAAUCUGAAGAUAGGCAAAGUCUGAGCAUCUCACAAUAUAACGAUCUUUUGGAGCAGUUGGAACUCAGUUCCGAUUCCAUCGCAGAACAAAGCAAAUCGCUUGAAGAUCACACCAAACCCAAUCAACAGGAUCACGCCACCCUGAUUAAGCAAAUCGUGAACGAAGUUGCUCAGGGUAUUUACAAGCCGAGCCUAAAACGUGAAAACAAAGAGCAGAACAUUAAAAAUAAGAAACCGAGAGGCUGCCUCUCGCCGAAGAAAAAGGCGCCGCCAAAGUCAAAGUCACUUUUUCCGACAAUUCGAUUAGGAAAACCAAGCAAAAAAGGUUUGAGGAGUAAAGCUAACAAAAGUCAAAAGGAAAAAUGCGAGUUGGAUUCUCCAAGGGAAAGCGAGAGCGAUAAGGAAACGCCAACAGUUUUGGCAAACACGCCAAUUGUGAAUAAAGUAGUGACGCCGGAUUCUAGUGAAGCAAAUUCACUAGAAAAACCUGCAGCGUUGUUUUUUAAGAAACAUAGGGUAUCCCGAGGUAAAAGUAUGACCAGGCUCGAAGCUAUGUACAAGAUGGAACAGGGGAAAGAGACUGCAGAGACUAGCAGUGUGGAAAUGAAGUCGCCGGAAAUAAUAAGCUCAACUUUAGCACCGAGAGGACGCAACAGAUCCAAUAGGAGUAUUAAAUCUCAGAUCCGUGAAGAGACUACACCUAAGACGAGACGAAACAGCGUGAGAAGUUGCCGAAUAGGGGAACCUCUUAGCGAGUGUCGCGGAGAACCAUCGAAAUCCGUUAAAACGAGAAGACAAUCUGCGAUUGAGAAGAACGCCAAGCAGGAAGAAAUAACGAAGCCGAUAAAUGAGAACGACGAAAGAAUCGUAUCUUCGCCUCUCGCCACAUUCGAAAACAUGUUGGAGCAAAGUUCCAAAUCGGCAAAGAACAGUCCCGUUUCUAAAAUGAACAUAGAAGAAAUGCCCAUCAUCCAUAUCGAAGAGGGCACUUUGGGAGACGUGAUCUCGCUACAAAACAACACCCUUUUGCAUUUGGUCGAUAUGGCUAAUGUUAACGGGAACAUUUUGUCGGGCAAGGAGCGGGAAGAGGAAAAUAUGACGGACUUUACGAAAUAUUUAAGUGCCAAUAAAUCCACAUCGACGCCGUUUAAAAAGAGCGACACGCAGAAGUGUAUCGAUUUCCAAGAUCAAGAAUGCGUAGUGAAAUUAGUCAAAGUGGUGACGCAGCUGAGUGGAAAUAGCGCAGGCGCGGUUGAUUCGUCCGAGAAGCAAUUGGAGUCGGUGAAAUUGAGCCACUCGGGUGUGAAUAGUUCGAAUGACAGUACGAAAAAGAUGGACUUUACUUUUGGAGUGCCGAUUCGACGGAGUGCAAAGAGACCGCGAGUGGUGCUUAUGGAACAAUAGGGGUUUGUUUCUACGGGACCUAUCUGUCAAUAUGUUUUGCAUGUCGUUGUUUAACAAGAAGGAAUAAAUUUGUUAUUUUUUAUAUGCAUAUAUGUAUACGUAUACCCUUAUACCCUCAGUAUCCCAUAAAGCAAUUUAAUACAUAACGCAUAACAGGGCUAGAUUUCAAAAUAUCUGUAUUAACGUCCGCCUUAAACCUCUUCCAUGUUUUUCAAUCUUGUGCUAGAUUCUCUGCUUCUUUCCAUAGUCUGCUUCUGCUUUGUAGAGCUUCAGCUAUUCUUUUUUCCCAUGUCUAUUUUGGUAUUUUAAAUUUUUGCUUCAUAAAUUUGUCUUACCGGUCUAUGUUCCAUUCAAUGCAUGUGUCUCCACCAUCCAAGUUGUCUUCUUGUUUAUCUCCCAAGAUACUUCAUUUCAGUUGCUCGAAUUUUACGUUUUUGCCUUUUUUUUGGUCUAUUUCUUGCUUAUACAUUUUUCAUUUAUUCAUCAUCAUCAUAAACUUUUUCUUAACCACGUAUUUUUACUUUGUACUCUACUUGUAAUAUGUCUAUACAUCAAUGUUAAUACUUUACUCUUUGGUUGUCAUUACUUUGGUUUUGCUGACUCUUUUUCUUUGCAUAUGUUUGCACUGGUGUAUAUAUAUGGUAUUGAAGACUUGCAUUUUUGUUUGUUCUAAUAUUUCUUGCCAAUACAUUUUUGAUUCAUUCAUCAUCAUCAUCAUAAACUUUUUGACUUCCCGUAUUUUCAAUUUUCCAAGGUACCUAAAUUUUUCUACUUGUAAUGUACAUCAAUUUUGCACUUUAUUGAUAUAUGCCUGUUAUAUCUAGUAUGUGUUUGUUUAGCAUGGUUCGGCUCCUCUUCUCACUUUUACAUCUAUUAGUUUUGUUUAGAAGAAUUAUGCUAGUGACAAAAACCUCAGUCUAAAAUCGUGAAAACGUAACAAAGCAAAGAUUAACACUGAGUGAGAGAAAAAUAUAAAAGUUGCCUAUAUAUGACUUAAUGUUGAUAUUGCCCAAUGACGCCUCUCGCGGAAAUCUAAAUCUACUUGGAAAGUAAAAUUUGGUAUGACUGCGUUGUUUCUGAUUAUAUUGCUUUAAAAAAUACAUUCAGUGUCUUUAUGACUGAUUAAAACAAAUUGCUGUGGUGUGAUAGAUGUUACUCAUGAAACGUUAAAUCAAAAGGUUAUCCUAAUAAUAGUUUUUGACAAUCUUGCUUUACAAUAAUAUUUAAUUGGCCCUUACUUUCAUAGGGAGUGCUUUUAAUUUUACCAGUUGCAAAAACUCUUCUUUGAGUUAUAGGUCUAUGCAGUGAACCCAAUUAAACUAACAUGUUUUGUAUUUAAUAAUGUAUCAAACCACCAACUGAAAAAAUGUACAUCGUUAAGUCAUCAGAGAAUAAACCGAUCCAUCUAGAACGCUAUUACUAGGUCGCGUUGACAAAUUGAGCUUUUUAAAACACCUCUAGAGGCUCAUUGUCGCUAGGCCCCAUAGUAUAAUUUUGUUGUUUUAGUUCAUUUUUUAAAUUAUUAUUUAAUAUAUUCAGAAAAUAAAUAGAAUGUUUAACAUAAAAGAAAGCCUUCGCACCGCAUAAACAUCUACUCACAUAAUAUAUGGGAAAUGAUAAAUGAUGUUAUACAGGGUACUCCAAAAUGAAACGCUAAUACUUUUAUCACAAAUGCUGUGCCCUAAAAUUGAGAUAAACAAUUAUGAACUAAUUAGAUUUAAAUAAACUCGGUAAGCAUAACAAAAUAAUCUAAGAAUGCUUUUUACAUAACUUCUGGAUUUCUCCUGCGUCGGUUUAAAUAAUCUAAGAAGUUGAUCAUAGGAAGCAGCCAUAUUGAAUCUGAGAAAAAUCGAGCAUCGAUUUAUAAUCCUGGAAAACAGAAUCCGAAUAGGUACUAUUUCCGGUUAAU